AUGGGGAAAAAGAACUCGAGAUUGUUGAACAAGAUAUAUCAGAAGCCCUUGCCAAUUGAUAUUGCUGUAAAGUAUGCUGUUGUUUUGAGCAAUCCCAUUUCUUGGAUGGGAUACAUUUGGAAUUUGUUACGCGUCAGUUUCCUAGAUAGACCCGACGUUUCGAAAAUUGAAGUCAUUUAUGACCAUGGUGUAUUUAGAAUCGUCGACAAUGAUUCCAUGAUUAAACUAUGGAGGCGGGGCUUUUUUGGUAAGGGGGUAUUAUCAAGGUCUGAGCCAACAUGGCAUGCUAGAACCGUAACACGACUCAAUGCUGUUGAUGCUGCAAAGUCGAAUAAUAUUGCCAUGGAGGAUAUCACAAAGAGUCGAAGACUCGAGAGGAUUGAAUUUAAACGACAAAGACAGAGGUUGCAAGACUUGCAAUUGAAGCAGAGGAAAGGUUUGAUUAGUGAAGCAGAGGUUAGUGAAAUGACAACGUUGGAUGAACGGUUGAUUGAAUUUAGGAAAAAGGAUUUUGUCAAUGUUGAAGAGGUGGAGGUGAAUAUUAGAGACGAAGAUGCCGAUAUUAUUGAUGACAACGGUUUUGUUGUUCAAUUGGAAUACAUGCAAUUACAAGCUGUCGAAGUAUUUUUCUUGCAAUUUGCCCUCAACAAAAUUAAUGUUGAUGGCAUGUCAUUAAGACAGUUGUUUGUUGAAUGCUGUCAACAAUACGAUAGUUCAGCCGCAAUCAAGGUGAAUAACAAAUUCAUAAUCAAUUAUGUUGUGUACCAUUAUUUCCGAUCUAAAGGUUGGUGUGUGAGGUCAGGGAUCAAAUUUGGCACUGAUUAUUUAUUGUACAAGCGUGGUCCACCUUUCUCUCAUGCCGAAUUUUGUGUGCUGGUUAUGCAAGAUGAUUAUCAACAAGACACAAGCCCUUAUGAUUGGUUUCAGAUUUGUGCCCAAGCUCGAGUCAUUGGUAGUGUAAAAAAGAACUUUGUUCAAGUGUAUGUUGAGGCGCCAUCGCUGGCUGAGUUUGAUGAAAUAUUUACCGCUGCUGGUGGUGCGAACAUUGAUGAAGGAUUGAUGUUUAAGCAAUUGUUGGGCAAAUAUAGAGUAUCUGAAGUUUUAUAUAAGAGGUGGAAUCCUAGCCGGACUAGAGAUUGA